AUGGCUUCAGCAUCGGCAGCCGUGAGGUUAUGUAAUCUAGCCUGCCGCAGGGCAUCCCAGAUCCAACAAAUCCCUCGGACUCAGCACAUCAUCCGGCAAAAGCCUAUCGCUCGGCGGGCAUUCACCACUUCGACGAUACGAUGGGCUCGCGAGGAGGACCAGCGCCAGGACGACGUUGAGGAGGAGGAUUUUGGCCCAAUAGAGUUGAAAAAGCUCGAGGCCGCCCUGGCCGAGGCUUCUACACCGGAGGGACUGAAGCAAUUGGACCUCUUGGCCAAGGCGAACGGCUACAACUCCAUCGACCAUUACUUGAAGAACGAACUAGAGUACCGACCUGGCUGGGCGUCGGAGGACCGAUCGACAUUGGAGGAUAUUCAGAAAGAUGACAAAGGAGAGAAGCCCAACAAGCAGUCGUUCUGGUUCGACGAAGAGGACCCCGAGACCAACACCGAAGAACUCGAGGAAUUUGACGAGGACGAUAUCACAUCUAUGGCCCACGGAAAACUUGACGAGAUUCGAGAUAUGCGACAAUACGCCCGAUUGGCAGUAUGGGAAUUGCCUCUUCUUUCGAAGUACGCCAAGCCCUUCGAACCUCCUGCCGAGAACCAGGUCCUCCGGUGGCGAUACACUUCUUAUAUGGGCGAAUUCCACCCUGCUGAGAAGAAGGUGGUGGUGCAAUUCGCCCCCGACGACCUGAAGCUCACGGCCGUCCAAACCGAGAAGCUCAAGAAGCUUGCAGGACCCCGCUACAACCCCGAGACGGAGAUCAUCAAGAUGAGCAGCGACAGUUUCGAGCACCAGGCGCAGAACAAGCGCUAUCUCUCCAACUUGGUGGACGACCUUAUCGCCGCGGCCAAGGACCCCAAGGAUACAUUCGCAGACAUCCCCCUCGACACCCGACACCACAAGGUCCAGCCUAAGCCGCGAUUCCCUAAGGAGUGGCGCAUGUCCCCGGAGCGCCGCCAAGAGCUUGACGAGCACCGCCAGCGCAUGGCCAUAGAGGAUGUGAAGAUGGCUGAGGGCGGCCAAUUGGUGGAUGGUGUCCAGGCCAUCGAUCAGUACCUGAUGAAGAACGCUGGUGAGGACCAGAAGAAGGCCAAGGUUGCGGAGCUUGUUGCUGCGGCCCCCGCCAAGGGUGCCGGCGCCAACCGCGCGAGGAGGUAA